AUUUUAAUAUUAUUCAUCGCAUUAUUAAAGUCCAAAACCAAAAGUCGUAUUUAUUAUUAUUUUAAACCAAUUUUUUUCGCCCAUGCUGCGUAAAUAAAUAUUUAAGCAAAAACUUUACAAUCAAUAGACAUCAAAGAAUCAUAGAUAUUGAGCGAUUUCUUUGUAAUUAGGUCGCUUCUGACGUGUCCUUUUGCUAAAGACAUAAUAAAACCCAUUUAUGUUCAUUUUUCCCUGCUACUGCUUCCAACAGUCGCAAUGGAGCAUUACAAAAGGCAACUCCUGAGCAAAAAAGAAGAGCUCAAAGAGAAAAUCUCUGAAGAACUCAAAGACAAAAGUGAACACGUUAGGGAGAAAAUCAAGGACGUCCAAGACAUUGGCACAGAAGUUUUACGUAGCUUCCUCAGUUCAGAACCCGCCCCAACCAAAGUGAUUGACGCCAAAUCAGACGCUUUUUCCGACCGAGCGAUUCACCUACGGGAAGAUGGAUUGGUCCUCUACCUCCCAGCUAAUACAGUUGACAAGAAAAAAGGGGCCACUUACGAAAUUGUGCUCCAUCGCCCGUACACGGAAAGCCUACACCAAACCUACAGUUUAUACCGCUCGCCAAAUCUUGACGAAGCUGAAGUGAAAUUUUGUGUCUUGAAGGAUAAGUUACCCACGUUUGUUGAGAUUUCGAAAGAAAUGUAUAAUGUGCAAGGUUUGCAAAAGAUUUGUGACGUUCUUGCGGAACACCCCUCUUGGAACUUGGCCCAUUUGGCGGCGUAUUUUAGUCUCUAUGAUUCUUUUAAAGACUCUAAGAUUAACAAUUAUUUGAAUAGUACUGAUGAUGAAACUGGGAUCUCGCCACUACAAGUUGCUAUUACCACGAAGAAUUUGAAGACGGUGCAAGUUUUGGUUGCUGCGAAUGCGUCUUUGGAACAUCUCGAUUACAACUCUGAUUCGGUGUUCCAUUACGCCGCUAGCACCACCAAAGAUAUCAUUGCCGCGUUGACGCAAGGCAGCCCCCCAAACUGCUUAAACGCCCGCAACAAAAACGGCUACACACCACUGCACCUUGCCUGCCAAGCGGACAAACCCGACUGCGUCCGAGCCCUCCUUCUGGCCGGAGCCGACGUAAACAAAACCUCAGGUCUAAUAGACGACAACGUCCUACCCGGCUACGUUGGCGACUACCUCCAAAGCCACCCCAACAGCCUCCACAAGGAGGACAUGAAAAUGGGGGGCACCCCUUUACACUGGGCCUGUUCCCGCGAAGUAAUCGAAGCUCUAGUCGACAUGAACUGCCACAUAGACUCUCUAAACUUCGACAAAAAAACCGCUUUGCACAUCAUGGUCAUGAGAAAUCGCCUCGAAUGCGUUGUAGCUUUACUGAGUCGGCAAGCAGACGCAAAUAUCGGCGAUGCCGAAGGCAACCGACCGAUUCAUUUAGCUGUGAAACAAGGCAACAUAUCGAUAAUCCAGUGCUUGAUUAUUUUCGGCGUCGAUUUGAAUAUUUUGAACAAUGCCGGGCAUUCGCCCAGACAUGUUAUAACAAAGGAGCAAGAGCCGAAAAUCUUGUAUUACUUGCACGCCGUGGGGGCGCAGCGGUGCCCCCCUGGCACGCCCUACUGCACCGACGGGUGCGUGCAUGGGGGCACCUUCGACGGGGUUCCACCGCCCCCGGUGAUCGGCCCCACUAACCGUGACGUUCUGAACCAAAUGCUCGAUGUAGCAGCGAUGGAAAUCGCCUCAAAAAAACACAAAGAUGGGAAAAUGCCCAAAAAUGGGCGGCUCCUGUGCAUGGACGGGGGCGGAAUUCGGGGCCUAGUUCUGGUGGAAAUGCUGCUAGAAAUUGAAAAUGUUUUACAGAAACCUGUAAGUCAUUGUUUCGAUUGGAUUGCGGGAACUAGCACUGGGGGGAUUCUGGCACUGGGGAUUGCGAGUGGUAAAACCAUGAAGGAGUGUCUGUGUUUGUAUUUUCGGAUUAAGGAGCUGACGUUUGUGGGGAUCAGGCCGUAUGCUAGUGAGCCGCUGGAGAAUGUUUUGAAGGAAACGUUCGGGGCCGAGACUGUGAUGGCGGAUAUUACGCAUCCGAAGGUGAUGGUUACGGGGGUGCUGGCUGAUAGAAAACCGGUGGAGUUGCACUUGUUUAGGAAUUAUCAAAGUCCGAGCGAUAUUUUGCAAGUGGAGCAUAAUUCGCCGUAUGAGUUGCCGCCACCGCCCGAAGAACAGUAUGUGUGGCAGGUUGGGAGGGCCACAGGGGCUGCUCCCACUUAUUUCAGAGCGUUUGGCUACUUUCUGGACGGAGGCCUGAUUGCAAACAACCCCACACUGGACGCCCUGUCGGAAAUCCACGAGCACCACUUGGCUUUGAAAGCCAUCGGUCGUGAGGAAGACGCCGCUCCGGUUUCCGUAGUCGUCAGUUUGGGCACAGGGGUGAUCCCUGUAACCCCCGUCAAGGAUAUCGACGUGUUUCUUCCCGGAAGCAUCUUCGACGGAGUCAAGCUUUAUACCGGUAUCUCAACUUUGGGAACACUUCUAGUCGAUCAGGCAACUGCUAGUGAUGGACGAGUCGUGGACAGAGCUAGAGCCUGGUGCUCUACGAUCGGAGUGCCAUACUUCCGAUUUUCCCCACAAAUGUCGGAGGAAAUCGCAAUGAACGAAACUUCGGACGAAAAGUUGUGCAAAAUGCUGUGGGAGACGAAGGCGUACAUGUAUAAAAAUCUCAACACUAUUAAGCAGAUUGCCGAUCUACUCAAUACCAGUUAAUUUACGAUAACGUUCAAAUUUUUAUCAAUUUUAUCAGUGUUGUUAAAAUGUUGAUCUAGUAUGAGUACAGAAGUUACGGACAUUUUGCCCAGUCUACACAUUAAGGUAGGUACAGUAGCGUAAAAUUUGGGGGUUGCCAGUAAAAUGAAAUUUUAUUGCCAAAAACUUCAAAAUAUUAGAAAAUGUUUCGAAAGUUUGAUUGGAUAGAAAUGAAAUAAUUAAAUAACUAAGCUAGAGAACAAAAGUUUGUAUAUUUUAUUAUAAUUUUGUACAUUUCGCUAUUAAUCCAAAAAAAACUAAAGAAAAAUUAUUUAGUCAGUGGAAAUUUUCCUUCUCUGACGUACUUCUGAAGCGUUCUUUACUCAAUUUCAUUUUCUUGAUCUUGUGGAAAUAAAAAUUAAAAUUUUUAAUUUGAUUGAAACAAAUAUACGUAUUAGAAAACUACUUAUGACAUAAACAAAAUAAUAAAAAAAUGUGAUUUGUGAGUGGAAGAAAAUUAUGUAAGAAAAAUUCGCUUGUUAAAUCAUUUUAUUAAAUGUUGCAGCACUGUAACAUUCUAAUAAAUAAAAUAAAGUAAUAAAUGCAUCGUAGAUUCGUCAAUUCUUAUCGUUUAUCAAUUUAUCAUUGUCUAAUGUGAAAAAAUGUACCAUUUCACCAGUUCAUACGUACUUGUAUAAUUAGUUAAUGUUGUUACUUUACUCGGUGAUUCAAAAGACCAACACAUAAUUACCUUCCCUAAGAAAAAAUAUUUUUUGUAGUAAAAAAAAUUGUGUUUUUAGUGAUGCGUCUAUGGAAAGUUGCUUCAAAAAAUCACACAAAGUAUGGUACAGUUCUUUUGAAUCACGCUGUAUGUGGUGUAUAAUAUUUUAAUAAGUUAUAAAAGAUAAUGUAGUUAAUUUGGACAAUCAUUGUUAUCCUGAUUAUGUGAUUUUUUUUAUGGUGAUAAUAAUUUUAGUGUACGAUUAAUUAAUUAAUGUGCAUAUGAAUAUGAAUGUUAAUAUGUGUUUAAAAAACGGACGAUAAUUCCCUGUAGGUGUCCACAUUUACUUUUUUUUUAAUUGAAGAGUUGAGAUUUAUCUUAUUUUCUGCUAUUGUAAAUCAGCACCAAAAUUAGUUUUCUAGUAUUACAGACAAAUCUGAAGUUACUUUGUUUUGAUUUUGGGAACUUUAAAACUAUUUUUUUUUGGGAAUUAUGUUCUGCCGUACUGACACUUUAUUGUUAUUUAUUAUUGCAGAACAGGUCUGUCCAAAAUUUCAAAAAUAAUCUAGUCUGAGCCUGGUGAAUAUUUUUGCAAGUGGAACGUAUCCUAAUAUUUUUUUAUUUAAAGUAUGUAAGCAAUUGCACAAUGUACGUCCGUAGGUAUUGUUUUUCAAACAUGACAAAUAAUUAUUUAGUGCAUUACAUGAUUAAUCAAUCAAUAAGUGUACAAAAAUGUGUAGUUCAGUUGUGUGCUUAAUUUCUAAAAACAUAGAUCUUGAGCUAUACUUAUUCAGGGAAUUGUAGAUUUUAUCAAAAUUCAAACUACAGGAGUUUGGGCUACAUUGAUGAUAAUAACGUAAACCUAUAGAAAUAACCCUGUGACCAACCGUAUCAAGUUAAAUUAUGAUAAAUGUAGCGUGUUAAAAUAUUUAUUAAAUGUUUCUAUGUACAACAAUAAAUAACAUGAUAGCUAAA